AUGCUUUCCGACAUGAAGGGGACUGCCUUCCUUCCCACCAACGACGCUUGGCAGCAGGCUCGUGACGGGUAUCUCAAGUUGAGCGCGGUCGACCCGUCGGUCAAGGAGGCGUUGAACACCGUCGUCGAUACCAAGGCUGACGAGACCGCUUUGCUCGCCAUGUCGCAAGGCGCAUGGAACGUGUUUCAUAAUCUGGCGCAUUACCACUUGGUAAUUGAUCGAGUCAACGCGACUUUUAUCACGACAAAUUUGACCGCAAAUACGUACUACAGGCUUACGAGCCACAAGAACGAACCCAUCUUCCUCUAUGACAACAAUGUCACUGACGUCAUCACAGUGACGGGCAGUCAACCGGCCGGAGUCACCCCGCUCGCCAUUCCCUCUGAGGGCAACGACACGCACACCUCUCAUGCCGAGGUCCUUGCUGUCACAGUUCCCCCGAAAGCACCCGCCGCUCCCGCUUCCGCUCCUGCUCCCGCACCCGUGAUCGCGCCUGUGCCUGCGGUCCCUGGCACUUCCACUGCCGUGGGUAAGGUCGUGAUUCCCGAUAUCAUAGACGAGCAUGGAUACGCCGCUCACGGCAUCGACGCCGUGCUCCUCCCCGCCAAGACGAGCGUCCUCUUCGACAACGCCAGCAAGCCUGCUAACACCACUAAGUCUGGUGAGUUUCGUUUAUGUCGGUUCACGGAAUGGGAUGGGCUAGAUUACACUCGUCCUUUAAACGGCUCUGUUUUGUAUCGAGGCUUCGCAUCGCGACUUACGGGAGCUUCGACCAUGGGGCAGGCGUUUAGGAAGCUGUUCGAUUCCAUUUUCGGCAACAGAGAAAUGCGCGUUGUCAUGCUCGGGUUGGACGCAGCUGGCAAGACGACAAUCCUUUACAAGCUCCAUAUCGGCGAGAUUCUCUCCACUGUCCCCACCAUCGGGUUCAACGUGGAGAAGGUGCAGUACAAGAACGUGCAGUUCACGGUGUGGGACGUGGGAGGCCAGGAGAAGCUGCGGCCUUUGUGGCGCCACUACUUCAACAAUACUGACGCCCUGAUCUAUGUGGUGGACUCUCUUGAUAAAGAGCGAGUGAAACAAGCAGCUCGUGAAUUUCAGACGAUAGUGAGCGAUCCCCUCAUGCGCAACAGCGCCAUUCUUGUCUUCGCCAACAAGCAAGACCUGAAAGGCGCGCUUUCGCCAUUGGAGGUGUGUGAGACCAUGGGGCUGCAGCAGCUGCGGAACCGUUACUGGCACAUUCAGGGCACAUGUGCUCCCAAGGGCGAGGGUCUCUAUGAGGGGCUGGACUGGCUUUCAAACACUCUCAAGACCAUGCAGGCCAAGGGUCUGCCCACCUCUGUCAUGUCUGCUGGGGCUCCAUGA